CACGUGGUGGCACUGCAGGGCAAAACUUUACUAGGGGACCAUCAUUAUAUUAGUCGUUGGGGAUCACAGUUGACCUCGAGCAUGUACAGAUGUAUGGAUAGUUCGUCAUCAGCCAUGGCUGCUGUUUCUGCUACACAAGAUCUAUGUGCUUAUCAUCGUCAUUCUUGCUCCAGGCCCAGGUAUCAAACUUAUAAAUUUUGUGCUCAGCAUGUGUUGGAGGAUGAGUCAUCUCCUUUUACAUCAUGUGAAUAUAUAUCAAGAUCAAGUGGCAGAAAAUGUCCGAAUCCAGCUCUUCGACCAAGACGUACAAGCAAUCUGCCUUCAUUUUGUGAUGAGCAUCUACGAGAUUUAAUUGCAAAAGAACAACAUCAAAAGCAAAAGAGGAAGACUAAGAAGCGGAGAAAAGCAGGGAAGAUUAAAAACAAGUACCUAAAUGUCAUAGAUGCAAAAAGACGAAAACUUAUCGGGCAGAUCACAAAUAUUGGACAGGAUUCUGUAAAGGUUGAGGACGGUUCAGAUUCAGACACAGAAAUAGUUCAUAGACCAAUAACAGAUGAUUGGAAACUAGAAAACUCAGAAGAUUUAGCCAACAAUGCUGAUUGGGAUGAUUUUGAUCCUGUCAAUAAUGAAGUUUAUGAGCCAUUGAGAUAUGCUAAUGUUCUCACACCUGAAGAGGUUGUAGCAACAGCACAAAGUAAAUUGAUUCGAUUGCAGUCUCUUUAUAUCGAACAAUUCAAGAGACUUUUCCAUCUACUUAAAGAGAGAAAAAGACAGUAUCUGCAUGAUUUGAAAAAAGAGAUGAAAGAGGAGAAAAUAUCUGGUGCAGCAUCGCUCACUGAGAUAGAAAAUAUUGAAGGUAUGGAUGAUGAUGAGGUAUACGCCUUAGCAACAUAUAGAAAGAGAACUGGAGUUGAAGUGCUUUUGAGGAAAAAACAACAAAAGCGCAGGAUUGAAAGUAGCAUAGCAUCGACUGAGUUUCCAAUAAAGUCCUCACCAAAAUCCAGAUGUUCCCAUGCAUCUAAUAAUACUAGAUGUAAAUCUACAUGUCUACCAUACACAAAGUAUUGUUCAGCACAUAUAUUGGAAGAUCCACACCAGCUUUUGUAUAAAAAGUGUCAAACAGAUCAAUGUCAGACCCCUGUUUGUUUUUUGUUGGCUCGAGAUUAUGAGAUUGAAUCUAAUACUGAUGAUACGCAACCUGAAAAAGUGUUCUAUUGCACUCUUCAUGCUCCACUACCAGAAAUGAAUUUUAGUUUUAUAUUGGAGAAAGAUAAGGAACAAAAUAUGGAAGUUGCUGUUACAAACUCACCUAAAGCAGCUGCAGAUCAACUUAAUGAAUUAUUGUCUGAAAAGGCAGAUGAAAAUCACGAAGUCGAAGCCAUGGAGAUUGACAUUGUUUCAUCUGAUAUUUCAUCAAUGCCAAUUUCAAAUUUUGUUCAAGAGGUUAUCAAGUUUGGAACUAUUGAGAAUAAGGUUGAAACUAGUGAGGGACAGGAAACUGUGGUGCAGAAUGAAUCUGGUGAUCAAUCAAGCGCAAAUGCAGAUCCCAAAAACGAGGAAGACAUCAAAGAAGACACAAAUAAAAGCAUAGUUUUAAAAACUGAAAUGUCUUCAAAUGAUAUUCAAAAAGACUUGAAUGUGAGAUUAGAAAGUACAGAAACCAUUUCCUCUACUCAAUCAUGUAAACCGAUGGAACAGGGUACAAUUUCAGAUGCACCAAAAGCUUCAAUCAUGGAUCUUACCCAACCUACUGAAGAGAAGCCCACUAUGCUUGAAGCUGAAGAUAUUAACACUUUACCUGUAUCCCAAGGUGAUGAUAAUUUACCAUCUAAAAGUGAAAGUAACCAUAACUCAUUGCUGGAGCAAAAAUCACCAAAGGAAAUAGAACCCCCAAGUUCAGGAGAAAUUGAAAAUUCUGGAAACACCAAAGCAGCAUCAGAGUCCAAACUUGACUUAUUGCCAUCUGAAAACUCUAAUGUGCCUGUGCUCUCAGCUUCAGAAGACCAAAAUAUUGUGACUGAUGUAGGAAGCAAUGAUGACCAACUUGCCGAAACAUCAGACAACUAUGAUUCCGUUGCAUUACCGAAAAGGUCUGAACCUGACAGUGAAUCAUUAAUAACAAAUUUAACAGAUAAAAUACCUUUAGAACAAAUUGCUGAAGUAGUUGCAUCAUUGCCCGUGGUUUUGAAGCGUAAAGUCAAACCAAUGCAAACUACCUCGUCUUUGCUUCCUAGUUCAUCAAACAAUUCACAACAUGAUACUCCUUUGACCUCUGUGGGAGAUGAUUUUGGUAUGGAACAUCGAAAUGUAGCUAAAGAUGAGGAUAAUAUUACCACCGUUGGUGAGGUGCCAGUAACAAAAACCGAUGAUGCCCGCACUGUAUUGGAUGAAGAACCUAAAAAUCCACAAAGAUGUGACAUACCACCAAGCAAAUUGGAAGGAUUUGUGACAUCAAAGGAGGUAAAGCCAAUUGAAUCGGAUUUAGAUAUUAAUAUUCCCAACAAAGAUUCAGCGUGUAAUCUUGAACAAGCUGAAGAUUCAGAUGAAAUUAUGAGAUCACAUCUUCCAAACAAUGAUAACAAUUGCAGCAAUGAAAACAGUGAUACACAAUUACCCAAGGGAAGUACUGUCAUUCGGCCAGAUGAGCCAUCCACACUGCCUAAAAUUCUCAAACCUGUCUUAUCAUCAUUCAUCGGACACAGAGGAGAAAGAAAACCAUCUAGUGCCGAUGAGGAGGUAGCUGUCGUCUCAUUACUUUCUCUUUGCACGGGUCAUCCCAGUGAUGACAACACACAGUCUAGCUCUAACGAACAAGAGUGACAUCGCUAUGGUUGUAUUUCUGAUUGUUCAACAAAAAUAAAAAUGAAGUGAAAUGAGGGAGUUCAAAUAUGUGGACACAGAGGCCGAAACGAAGUAGUAUUGGUGUCUAAAAGCGAUUUUUUCCACCACGAAAAGAAAAAUAACAAAGAUUCCUAGAUCCACUUCUUGUCCAAUCAAACUAGUGCAUUAGCCACCUUGAUAAUUGGUUUGGAUGAAAACAAGAAUGUAGAAGUGUUAACUAGCCAUCGUAAUUGCGUAAACUUCAGCUACGAAGACCCUAAAUAAUAUUUGAUAAUAUAAAUGUUUUUUUGUACUGAAGUCAAUUUAUAUUCCGGAAGCGGCUCUGACUGGAAGUCAAAAUGGAUUAAAUGACGUGUCGACGAAAGUUCUUAAAUUGUUCAUUUUUCAUCUGCUUCUGGUGAUUAAUCGAUAUUUCCUGAAGAUUAAAUCUGCGGAUAAUAUUCAUGGUUUGCCGCUUCGUAUUGUUUACAAUUUUGCAAAGUAUGCCUUGUGGACAUUGAUCACUUUACCGUAGGGACACCGCACCGUGAGGAUUCCGGCAUAUGCAGCUUACAUACUAGUGGCGAGAAAACGUAUUAAAAGAUAAUAGGGAAU